CUCCCAGCCAUCACACCAAGAACCAGAAGCACACACGUACGGCCUCAACCAUGCUGUGCAAGAAUACCAUGGCCUCCCUUGUCUUCCUUCUGGCGCUGCUGCUCUCAUGCAGCUCCAUGAGCAGUGCAGCACGGCACCUAGAGGAGGCUGUGCCUAAGAAGCAGUAUCCACCACAUCCGAUCGAGCCAGAGCUACCAAAGCCCGAACUCUCGCCGCACCCUGCCGUGCCCGAGCUGCCGAAGCCUGAACCACCGCACCCUCUAGUGCCCGAAGUGCCACACCCCAUGGUGCCGGAGACGCCAAAGGAGCCUGAAAUGUCACACCCCAUGGUGCCGGAGGUGCCAAAGCACGACCUGCCACCGCACCCUGCUAUGCCCGAGAUCCCGAAGCCCGAACUGCCGCAUCCGAUUGUGCCUGCGGUGCCAAAGGAGACUCAAGCGCCACACUCAAUCGUUCCGGAGGUGCCAAAGGAGCACGAUCUGCCACACCCUGUCGUGCCGGAGGUGCCAAAGAAGCCUGAAGCGCCACACCCCGUCGUGCCAGAGGUGCCAAAGGAGCACGAGCUGCCGCACCCUGCGAUGCCAGAGUUGCCAAAGCCUGAAAUGCCACACCAUGCCGUGCCUGAGGUGCCGAAAGAGCCCGAGUUACCGCACCCUGUUGUGCCAGAGGUCCCGAAGCACGAAAUGCCGCCGUUCCCCAAAGCCGAGCUGCCUCCGAAGCCCAAGUUCCACUUUCCGGAGCCAGCGGCCAAGCCAUGAUAGGACUAGCUACAUCCGCGUAGUGCCCGUUAUCUAAGUAUUAAAACUAUAGACUAUACAUGUGUGUGUGAAAGAGAGAGAGAUUGUUAUAGACUUAUUUGGAGGGAAAACUUUAUUUUUGCCAC